GCGGCGAGCGGAGCGGCGGCAGCGGAGCGGGGAUGGCAGCAGCGCUGCGGGCAGCCCUGGCCAUGGGGCUGCUGGCGGCUGCUCGGCCCGCAGCCACCGCAAUGGGGCAGCGGCGGCAGGCAGAGAUAUUCCUGGAGAAGUACGGCUACUUCAGGGAGCCGGGCAGCGCGCACAGCCCCGCCGAGUUCACCAAGGCGCUGAGGGAUUUCCAGAGGGUGUCCCACCUCCCUCCCAGUGGGCUGCUGGAUGCCCCCACGCUCCAUCAGAUGGCCCUGCCCAGGUGUGGCACCGAUGACGGCGACAGCCGCGCUGCCGGGACACGCCGGGCACGGCGCACGGCACAGCACGGUGGGCGCUGGUACAAGCGGCACCUGCGGUACCGGGUGGUGAACUGGCCGUCCUACCUGCCCCAGCACGAGGUGCGCCUGGCCGUGAGAGCCGCCUUCGAGCUCUGGAGCAACGUGUCCUCCCUGGUGUUCUGGGAGGCUCAGGACGGCCCCGCUGACAUCCGCCUCACCUUCUUCCACGGGGACCACAACGAUGGACUCAACAACGCCUUCGAUGGGCCAGGAGGAGCCCUGGCUCACGCCUUCUUCCCCCUGCGAGGAGAAGCCCACUUUGACAGCGCCGAGCGCUGGUCCCUGCACAGCGGCAAAGGGCGCAACCUCUUCAUCGUGGUGGCCCACGAGGUCGGGCACACGCUGGGGCUGCAGCACUCGCCCGUCAAAAGCGCCCUGAUGUCUCCCUACUACAAGAAGCUCAGCAAGGAUUUUGUCCUCAGCUGGGAUGACAUCUUGGCCGUCCAGAACUUGUACGGAAAGCCCUCCAAGGGCUCUGCCAUCCAGCUCCCAGGAAAAGUCUUCACUCACUUCCAGGAUUGGAACACGGACCUGUACAGCAGGGACCGAGGGCAGAGGAGCCUCAGCACCUAUUACUGCCACUCCUUCUUCGACGCCAUAACCGCUGACGGGGAUCACAACCUCUACAUCUUCAAGGGCAGCCACUACUGGGUGGUGUCAGCGAGCGGCAACGCCAGCGAGCCACGGCCACUGCAGCCACGCUGGCCCGGCCUCCCCGCUGGCAUCGACGCCUGCACCUGGUCCCAGCUCACUGGGAAGUUCUACUUCUUCAAAGGCGGCCGAUGCUGGCGCUACGCCGGCUCCAAGCUGGAGGAAGGAUUUCCCCGAAAAUGCAGCGCCCUGGGGCUCCCUCGGCACCCGGACACCGCUCUCUACUUCCAGCAGCUCCGCCGGCUCGUCCUCUUCAAAGGCCCCAAGUACUUUGUGCUGGGCGAGGAGCCGCUGGCCGUGGAGCCCUACUACCCCCGCAGCCUGCGGGACUGGGCAGGGCUCCCCCCGGCCACGGCCGGGGCUCUCACACACAGAGACGGCUCCCUUUACUUCUUUCGGGAUGAGCAGUACUGGAAAUUCGACCAGACCAAGCUGCGAGUGGUGGCCAGCGGCAAAUGGGCAGCGCAGCUGGCCUGGAUGGGCUGCUGGGAUGCCAACAGUGAGCAGGUCCUGUUCUGAGCAGGGGAUGGAACGGGGGGUCCGGACCUCACCUCGCUCCCUGCUGCCCGGAUCCCCCUUUGUGCUGCUCUGGGUCCUGUCUGAGCGUGGUUGGGCAGGGACUGGCUGCCCGUGGAUGGAUGGAGCCGUGACCCAGCAGAGCCAGGAUGCAGCUGGGACAGAUGUGCCACAGCCAGGUGGCCUGGAGGCUUUGGGACACGGGAUUUUUUUGGGAAAAAAAAAAUCCACCAAAAAAACCCCAAAAAAGAAGUAUCAGCCAUGGAGACUGCAAACACACCCGUUCCUGUUAACUUUCAGGAUAUUGUUACACUUUUUUAGACCAAGAGUGGGGUUUGGUGAUACUUUUUGAUAUCUUUGUUGAUACUUUUUGAUAUUUUCCUAUGGCAGAGAAGUGUCUCGCUGCUGCUUGCUUUGGGGUUUGGAUGGUUUUAAAUGGCAGACUGAGAACGUCUCCUGCUUAAAACAAAAAGAGACAUUUGAACAAAAAUUUGGGUCCAUGUGGA